CGCCACAAUGUGUCGUAUUUAGUUUAGCUCAUUGUGUUUGAACGAGCGAACGAACAAACAAGUAAAGAGUGCCUGCGAAGACAACAACAGGGGCGCUAGUGUGAACGGGUGUGGUGUCUUCAAAACAAUGCUGGCCAUAAAACAACAUAAUUAUAAUAUUAAUAUGUUUUAUUUGCUAUGUUAAAACCCAAAAUGAUGUGGUGUAAAUUUUGAAUCAUAAAAAAAUAUGAAAAUAUAACUAGAAAAGAGGCCGCCUAUCGAUAAAGUGAAGUUAAUCGGUGUUUAUCGUCACCACCAUAGGAAGUAAAAUCUGUGGGAGAUUUUCCAAUAUUUUCAAUUUUUUCGCCGUUUAUGUGUGAAACACGAAAAAACGAAAUAUAAUCGAAUUGAAGUGCAUGAAUUAUUACAUUUCUAAUUGUGGUAAACCUCAAAUGAAAAUUAUCCAAUUUGAAUAGCAUUUUGGUUGUUAUUGAAACGUUCGAGAAUUAAUUAAUUAUUCGAGACAGUGCGAAAACACGCAGUGCUGGCGAUCGAGCGAGGAGAGCCAGGGGCAAACAUUUUGAGAGUGGUUUUGCUUCUGGUGAAAUAAAAUAUUUUCGCCAAUUUAUUGAGGUUUUCCAUCGCAUAGCAACUAAAUGUUUUAUUUUUUACAAAAAGUGAUAAAUAUUAGUGUUUUUCCUAACGAUACCGCAUAACAACCCUUCGUUGGAAAAAUGCAGCCUUAGUUAAAAAAGUAAAACAAAGCAACAACAACAAAAACACCAUAACAAUAAACCAAAAGCAAUAACUAUUUUCAAAAGUAAAGUGCAUUAACAAACCAAUACGAAAUAAUAAAAAAAAUAUACACCAGAAAUAUUCGUCUCCCACAAACCAAGUAUAUUUAGCUCCGUUUUGGCAAAAUAAACCCCAACAACCUGCAUAAACAAUAACAACGUCAUAUAUCAAAGGAAGAAAGGAAGCAGCACAGCAGUAACUGCACCAACAGCAGCAACAACAACACCAAGACAACCUCAACAAACCCCAUACUGACAGACACACACUAAGAUGGGCAAGAAAAAUUCAAAGUUGAAGCAGGACACCAUCGAUCGCCUGACAACGGAUACAUAUUUUACCGAAAAAGAGAUUAGACAAUGGCACAAAGGUUUUCUAAAAGACUGUCCGAAUGGUUUACUCACCGAACAAGGUUUUAUAAAAAUCUACAAACAGUUCUUUCCCCAAGGUGAUCCCAGUAAAUUUGCCUCACUAGUGUUUCGGGUAUUUGAUGAAAAUAAUGAUGGAGCGAUAGAAUUCGAAGAGUUCAUUAGAGCUUUAUCGAUUACAUCCAGAGGAAAUCUCGAUGAAAAGUUGCAAUGGGCUUUUCGGUUGUACGAUGUCGAUAAUGAUGGCUAUAUCACAAGAGAGGAAAUGUACAAUAUUGUGGAUGCCAUCUAUCAAAUGGUGGGUCAGACGCCACAAACAGAUGACGAGAACACGCCCCAGAAACGAGUGGAUAAGAUCUUCGAUCAAAUGGAUAAAAAUCACGAUGAUCGCUUGACAUUAGAGGAGUUCCGUGAGGGUAGUAAAGCUGAUCCACGUAUAGUUCAGGCGUUAAGUUUAGGUGGUGAUUAACCAAAAGAGUCAUAGUUUAAUUAAACAAAGAAUUAAACUGAUUAAACAAACAAGAGAAAAAAAAAAUGAAACUAAAACCGAACAAAUUAAAAAAACCAAAGCCAAAACCACAAACACAUUUGCAUUAUACAUAGAGACAUUAAAAAUAACCCCUGGGCCCCCAGGAAACGCACACCCCCACAGACAUAGACACACACACCAAAUUACACAAUACAUUAACAAAAAAAAAUAAUCAAAAUUAUUAAAACGAAAAAAAAAAAACACAAAUUUCUAGACAAACAACAAAAAAGCUAAACAUUUUUUAUAGAAACAAUUACCAAAUGGAAUCAUAGGUGCCCAUUGCAAGGAGGUCAAAAAUGUAUUGGCAACAACCACCAUUAGAAACGGAAACAGGUUUUUUUCCGUGAACGGGGGAAACAGCUGUCAGUAGUUAAUGCUUAAUGACAAACAAUUCACACAGACACACACACACACUGUAUAAACAAGAAGUAGAAAAAGAACGAUAAAACCCGUAACGUUAAAUAUAAUUAAUAAAUAAAUAAAACUAAAUUAAACCACCCACCCAAAAUAAAUGAAUACACAAUAACAACCGAAAAAAAAAAAAAAAACAAUGAAACCCCACACACACAGGUCGACAGACAGACAAGAGAACUUAUUUAUACAGUUAGAUAAUUUUUCUAUAAAAUAAAUAUAAAAAAAUAUAUAGAACAAACAAAAAAGUAAUAAAGGAAAUUUAUCGGAAAUUACACAAUGCAACAGAAAUUUUAACUGAGAGCCUGUUUCUAUUGUAUAUGGGUAUUCUUGAAGGAAAAAAUUUUGGAAAUUAAAGAAUUGUGAAUCCACCAUGGCACGUAUUGUCGAAAAUUAUGAAGGAAAAAUUCAUGAUAUAAUACCCCAUACCAGUGUAUUAAAUUAAACCUGUUUAUUGAGCUGGAAAGCCCCUUUUGUAACUCCAAGAACUAAAGCGAUAAGAUAUUAAUUUUUUUGUCCAGGCAAUUACUUAAUUUAUUGGAACAUAUAUUUUUGUUAAUAUUUUGCGAAAUUCCUGUCAUUCCUGGUAAAAUACCUAAUCUCUUUCCUGAAUUGAAAAUUGAGGUACACCUGACGGAAAAAGAGAGUUUCUUCCUGGCAAUCCAUCCUGUGCAAGAUUUCAUAAUUGGCAUACAACAUGUCUAUAUAUCAAAACUGACGCCAAAUUCGAUUUAUAUGGAUUUACACAAGGAGAUAAAUUAAAAAAGUUAUAAAAAAAAUGAGGUGCAUAUGUUGACUCCGUUUCAACUAAAAAAAAAAACAAAAAUAACCCAAUUAGCGAAAACCUAAUUUGGUUAGAAAUUGUGGCAGAAACUUUCAAAAACCCAAAAUUUGACGGUAUCGUUAUAUGGGAAAUAUACUAAUUAGUGCACCUGAAUCGAACAGUUUUUGGAGAUCGAACAACAGGAGGAAAUAGAUGUGUCGACAACCCCAAUUGUCAAGUUUCGACUAAUUUAAUUGGAAAUUUUGGAAGAAACCUUCAAAAUACCGAAAAUCGGGAGGUACUGCUAUAUAGGGGGGCUAUACCUAUCAGUGAGAGAGAGCUAUCGUUAUAUGGGGACUAUACCUAAACGCAGACACCCAUAGCCCAUUUUCAAUUCCAAUCAGCCCAAUAAAUCUUUGUGACAAAUUUCAAACUUCUGAUUUCAACAGACUUUAAAUUACAGACUACAUUGACUUUAAAUUUUACGCUGAUCAGGAAUGUCUAUACAUACUUUUUGAGGCCUUCUGGGUUGCAAAGGAUAUGACAAAUUAUAUAUACCCUCUAUUCUAUGGUGAAGGGUAUAAAAAUAUUAAUGUUUUAUACCCUCCUGUAUGAGAUGGCGUUUAUAUUAUAAUUUUCUUUCCGUUUGCAACAUCUCGAAUACCUUUAUAUUGCGUAUAUUCUUGAUCACCAUUUAAUUGUGAAUGGACUUAAGGAUGCUUGUCUAUCCGUCUAUUCAAACCUGGGUGGGGAGCUCAGCGAUUUGGUGUUGCCCACAGUAUUCCCCACAGAACCAUACCCAUACAACGUUGCCUUCCGAUUUCAAAUUUCAAUCCGUCUAUUCAAAUUUGGAUGGAGAGCUCUGAGAUAUGGUGGAUGCUUCCCCACAGAACCGUACCUUUUUACAUUCCCAUAUAACGUUGCCUUCCGAUAUCAAUUUCCAAAUCAUUUUGUUGGAACUUGAAAUUUCGGAUCCUGAUUAGGUAUAUUUUCUUCUUACCAAAAAUGCUCAAUGCCAACCCACUAUUUGGUAUGGCUCCCCUAUAGCCUUUCCUCCCGGUUUACGAUAGUUGGCAGGUUUGAGAAUUAAUUUCUGUUAGACCAACAUUAUCCUGGAAAAAAUUUUCUUUAUGGAUCUAGCAUUUGCUAUAGCCUCCAUAGAAUGGUAGCUCCAGAUUUUCAGAAACUUGAAGGAUUCAGGAAAAAAUGUCCACCCUAAUAAGAUUUUGAAUAUUUUGUUAGUUAAAGGUAAGCUUUGGUACGUAAAUUUUGAUACCAAGCUUGAAAGUUUUACUUCAAAUAUUUUUGGCAUAUUGUACGUUUUUUUGUAUAGCCUAUGUUGUCAAAAGUACGAAUUUGAAUAUUUUGGUAAUUUAAAGUUGUAGGUAUAAUUCAAAGGAGUUUGUACCAAUACUACAUGUUUCCUUGAGGUGAAAAAGGGUACAGUUAUGGCACAUUAUUGUGUGCAAUUGUAAAGUUCGGUACAAAGGAGGUCUAUUUUUACGAUUUUGUUUAAUUACGUACGUAAAUUUUCCCAAAUUGUACUUUUUCGUACUGCAGAUUUUAUGAAGAGCACAAAUUUGUAUAUUUUGGUGUGAAAGUGUAUUUUUUACCUUUUUGUAGGGAAAGAGCCCAAUCGUCGAUUUUUCCAAAGUGUACUUUUUCUUACAGCUGAUUGUAUAAGGAGUACCAAUGUGUAUAUUUUGGGGUAAAAGUGUAAUUUUUAUCUAUUUAUAUAUUUUGUACAGAAAGAACUCAAUCGUGACAAAUCUCCUUCAAUCUGAAAAACGUACAGUUUUGUGAACGACUCGGUACAGACAGGAACAAAAGAUGGUGAUUUUUACAAUGUUGUCUUAUGACGUAUGUACAUCGGUAAAAUUUGCAAAAUUUUGAUACCACAUGAUACGCAUUGGAGGAUCGCGAUAUGUCCUCCUUGUGAUUAUAUCUAAUUUAUUUUAGUACCUAUAUAUUUUCACAAAUUCUACUUAUGCUGAAAGAUUUAUUUAGAAUUUCGCAGAUAUUCAGUACAUUUUAGUACCAAAAAGUAAAAAAGUAUAAUGGUCAUAUCGAACCACUAUGUUUAUCUCUAACUCGAUGGUCAGAAUCAAUUAGUAUAUUUUGUACCUUUCUAUAUUGUCAAUUUUGCUAUAAUAACAUUGGAAGAAUAUUAAGAACCAUCUGUCCUCCCCACUUUUUUUCAAGUAGACUAAAUUGCAUGAAAAAUUGAAAGUGCUUUCCGAUCGUUCCAAGCUUCUUAGAACUUUUAGCAUCUUGGUAGUACGAAUUAAGUACGAAAAGUAGUACGAAAAUACUACAACCAAAAAUGCAUGCCUAAUUUAAUAAAUCCAAUUCGUUACCAAAAAAGUACAUUAUUUUGAUAGUCUGUGGCUUUUUUUAUGUACCCUUAAGGUACAUUUUGGAGAUUACUGGUGUAGUUCAUCAUUAGAUAUACUAUCAACCUCUUCCUGAUACCUCCACAAGAAUGUGACUAUAUUGCUUACACCUUUGAUACACGUUGAGGCUCUAGUUCUCUCGAUCGCCAAAUAAAUAAAUAUGAUUUUAUACCAUCAAAACUUCGUGAGCUAUGUAUUUUAUGAAAGAGAAUGGUCCAUACAAACCUUAAAAUGUACAUCUACAUCCCUUUGCUCAAGAAUAAAAGUAGUAAAGUACAUUUUUGUAUCAGUUAGGACUUUUCGUACUCCUAUUACAAAUUUCCACACAAUGGCUGCUCAUUCGAUUGGGUGUGGCCCCUUUAAAACUGUACCGCAGCCGAAUUUAGGAUUGAGGUUUUAGUGAUAUUUUUCGAUGGAAUUGGCUUCUAAUCGCAAAUUGCAUUCUGGGCAAAAAAACAUCCGUACAAAAAACUGUUCAUAUAGGUACGAAUUGUGGUAUAGACACUAUAUAAAGACAUAUACCGAUGUUCAGAAUUUAAAUGAUAGUUGCCACAUUUUUCAAAGGAAAUUUUCUAAGCGGAUACGGUAUUGGACCUCGCAACUGGUGCUACAUUCUCAGGCACAUAUUAAAUAUCAAAAUUCUUGUUCGACUUUUAUUCCUGCAAUUUUGACUCAUUUUAGUUCAAAUUUUCUCAAAAAUUUAACUCAUCACAUGCUAAAUUUAAGAACCCUGUUUCAGCCAUGCCUUCGGGGCUUUUUUUAUCAGUCGAUCACAUAUAAUUCAACACUGAAAUGCCAUAAGAAACUCUAGUUAAGAUUUUUUUAUUACAUCGUGUAAUGCCAAGAAAAAACCAUAAACGUCGAACAUAAAGGUACGUUUUGUUAGAUUAGGUUAACAGCAAAUUUAAAAGGGACAAUGGUAAAGUAAAAUAUUUUUAAUUGCAUCAUAUUUUUCUUGCUUCACAAUACAAAACUACUGCUAUCCAUUAACGGUUUAAUUGCUAUACUAAACUACUUUAAAGAAUCCCAAAACAAAAAGAAAAAACACAACGCUCCCCAUUAAAUUUUUGGCCACCCUUAUUUUGCUGGGGCGGAUGUUAGGGAAAUCUGUGAAAAAUACCAAAGCAACUUAUUACACCAACUUCCGAUUGUACUUAGUCUACCUUUAACUCAGCUACUUACUCCAUUUAUGAAGCUAUGAAAAGAAACAAGGGAAAAAAUAAGAACAACCGUUUUUUAAUACUACCUUACGUGUACUUCCAAAAAAAUCUAUUAACUUUAUUUUAUAGAGGCUAUUAAGACAUUUCUAUCAAGAAGGGUGUGGGGGUUGACUAAGUAAGUAAACAAGCUUAACUACCCUUACCCCCCAAAAAAUAAAAAAGAAACGCUACAAACACAAACUCUAUUAUGACACACCUACAUUAAUACUGGAAACACACACACACGCAAAAGUGGAACACUGAGGGAGGGUUUCAAUGCUAGUUAAUGGAAAUAAUUGCAGCUUAGGUCACCUUAGUAUUUCGUAGUGAAAUUACAUAUAUUUCCCCCCUUUGGGUAUACUAAUAAUAGUGUUUUGAAUGGAAGGAAAUGGUAGUUUAAGCACUGAGUUUUUUUCGGUAGGGUUUUGGAAAAAUUAACCACUUGAUUUCUACCCUAAACUAUAUUAUUAUUUAAAUUGAAGCAUACAAUACCAUGAAAUGAGCUUUUUCAGGACGAUGGUACUUAGUUUUAAAAAAUUGGGGCGAAAUAAAAUUUUUAAAUUUUGAACUUUUUAAAGUAUAUUUAAGAGAAUAUCUAAUAAGGCCUGUGUCGACGAAUUACUCUGUUUCAUUUAGGUCGGCCUUUUCGUUCAGAUUCAACAAAAUUCGUGUAAUUUCGUUUUCUAAUCUCCCUAUAAUUUAAAAUCUCCCUUAAUAUAAAAUUUGAUAUAACUUCUCGAAGUAAGCAUUUUGGACCCCACAAAGUAUGUAUUGAUCAGCAUAAAAUGAUAUGUCAAUAUAAUACUUAACUUCCGUCUGUGUGUCCCUCUACGUAAAUUUCUUUGGCUUCCGAAUGGAAAAAAUGUGUUAAGAAUGGUAUUUGGCCAAAAAUGUCCUUUAAAAGUUAAAGAUUUCGUAUAACUCCCUUAGAACGGACCACCAGGUAUUUGAAUGAUUUUAGCAAUAUAUUUUUUUGCAUAAUUUUCUUUUAUUUAUUUAUUUAUUUUUUUUUGAGGUCGCAGAGUUACCAUCGGCUGGUACACAUUUUUGAAUUGCCUUUAUUAAACGGUAACUCUCGAUAUUAAAUAUUGUGGUGAUUUAAGCUGAUUUUGAACGGAAUCAUUUUAAAUGUUUUAUUUAGUGUUCGUAACAACAGAAACUUUCCCAUAUUCCGAUAACUCGGUAUUUCGAAGGAUAUGGCCGAAUUAGCUGCAAUGUUGUCUUCUCAUUGGAUCACGAUCUGCCAAAUUGUUACAUUCUAGGUCACAUUACGGCAUGGGAUAUUAUGUAUUUGUGCUUUAAUCAGACAUUUAUAAAAGAAGAUAUUUAAAAAUAAAAAAGCUUCAAGUUCGGCCGGGCCAAACUUUGAAUACCCUCCAUCACUUGCAACGAAUUUGGCCAUUUUCAAAAAAAUAAAAUCCGUAAAAAAUUAUAUACUGUUACAAUCUUAAAAAUACUGAAUACGUUAUAUUAGGGUCUAUACGACCACGUGGACCGGCAUCAUAAAAAUCAUCCAAAUACCAAAUAUAAGGAGGUCCUAUUAUAUAGGCCUAUACCAAAACAUGAACCUGCACAGAUAAUAUUUUGUCAUAGGCUGUAGUAUCCAUUACCAACUUCAAAUAUUACAUUUGAAGCAAUUCCGGUGAAUAAUGUCGCUAAAGUCAUUAAAAUAACAAAUAACGGGAGGUACGGUUAUAUUAGGACUAUACGAUGACGUGAACCUGAAGAGACAAUUUUCUGUCAUAGGCCGUAGUAUCCAUUACGAUCUUCAAAUACCAAAUUUGAAACAAUUUCGCUUAAUAAUGUCGCUAAAAUCAUAAAAAUACCGAAUAUCGGGAGGUACUGUUAUAUGGGGGAUACAACAAAACGUGGACCUACAUGGCCCAAAAUGUAUGUUUCGAGGUGUUACAAACGGAGUGACAAACUUAAUAUACCCUCCCCACUAUGGUGGAGUAUAAAUUACACGAAGAACUAAAAUUGUGAUUUUUCGGGACAUUCUUGAGCACUAUAAUUGCUGAUUUGAAGGAAAAACAAUUGUUGAAUUGUGAGGGACUCAAACAAUAAUUUUUUAGAAUGAUUUUUAAGAAAUUUCAGGGAGCAAAUUUGGGACUUUCAGGAGACAUUCGAAGAGCUAUAAUUAUAAGGUGUUCGGAAAUAAAUGAUAGAUUAUAAACCGAACAUACCGAACCAAAUACAAAAUGGACUCAUAAUUCUUUUGGAUGAUCUUUAUAGAAUCACAUUCUGAGUCGAUUUGUGCAAACAGAGUAUAUGUGCCAUUUAUUGUCCGAUUGAGAUGCAAUUUUUAGAUCCCAUAUAUAUCUUCGUCCGAUUUCAAUUUAAUUUGCACCGAAUGUGUAACAUUCGUCCAAAUUUGAUGUAUUUCGACACAUCUGACCGAGUUCGGCUUAAAGUAAAUACUUCAAAAUCAGAAAAUCGGUUCAAAUAUAGCUAUAGCUCCCAUAUAUCUUUUAUCCGAAUUGGUGUUUCUGAGUCGAUUUAUGCAAACCAAAACAAUGAUAAUUGGUACCAGAUAUCAGAUACAGCCAGAAAUGCCUUUUUUAUCGGUUCAGAUAAAGCUCCCAUAUAUAUCUUAAUCCUAUUUCAGGUAUAUAGUUAAUAUCAAACCAAAUGGAGUGGAUUAUGCCAUGUAUGACCGAAUUCAUCCUAGAAGCCAGUACAUCAAGUUUGAUGAAAAUCGGCUCAGAUAUAUCUAUAGCUCCCAUACAAAUUUACCAUCCGAUUUGGUGUUUAGGUCUCUCACUUUCGUGAUAUGCCACCGAAACAAUCAGAUACAGCUAAGAAAUACCUCUACCAACCCAAAUUGAGGCUAUUUCGAUAUGAUAACUUAUGAUAAACACCCUUGAAAAAUGUUAUAAUAUAGUUUAAAGUUAUUCCAAAAGUACUCCCAAAAAAUGGAUAUUUGAGGACAACCAAAUUGGGGACAACCGAUUUUGCAAAAAUUUGAUCUUGGUGUAGGAUAUUGUAUUUUCAUACCCUCCACAUGUGCCUUUUUCAAGAUAUAUCCCACAUUAUUUUACGGAGAUGUUUGAAAUUUAGUACAAUUGCUUGUAUUGUAUCUAGAAUGCUUGGUGUUGAAAAUCGGUGCACGUUUUCGUAUAGUCACCAUAAAUGUACCCCCUGAUAUUCGGUUCUUAAUGAUUUUAGGCAAAUUUCAACACCGAAUUAUUCCAAAUUUUGUAUUCCUAUUUUUUGCGUUUCAAUAAUAUUUUUCACAUGCCACGAAUUGUUCCAAAUCUUGUAUCUAGAGUUUCUAAUGGGUUCUACCGUCGAUGGAAGAAUAUUUUCUACAUUGGUCCCCCAUAUAACGGUACCCUUGGUGCUUUAAAAACUUAAACUGCAUUCCCAAGAUAUCCCUGGUACUUGCAGUUUAAAGUGAAAUACGUUUGAAUAUUGAAUCCAGAAAACUUUAUUUUCAAAUGCUUCCUUCCAAGAUAUUUUUGAAUAUUUUGUCCAUACUACUUCAUCAGACCUCUCGAGGAAGAAUUUUCUUCAGAAAAAAUAUUCAGUAGGAACUAUAUUUAUUAUAGAACACCUCCUGCCUACAGCGGCACCCUUUGUUAUAAAACAUUUUGAAGAAUUAAGAAAAUUGAAGAUCCUAGACAAACACUUAGCCGAAAUAUCAACAAUUUGAUAUUAUGUCAAAUUUUCAAAACGGUAUUGAAGCCCUCAUAAAUAUACGAAUCAUACACUCAACCUCCAACAAACAGAAAGAAAAAAACAAAACACCAAUUUAACAAAGAGAUAAACGCUUUUUAUUAUUGGAGAAUAUGGGUAAAAAAAUAAAAAUAUUAAUAAUAAAAUUGCAAAAACCAAUAAUUAAAAAUAAAAAAAUUAAGAAAAUCGGUAAUAAUAUUUACAAAUACAAAUAUUUUAGUUUUAAGUGUUGUUGUUAAGGUGCAAUAUUAUAAUUAAUGAAACAAAAUUUAUUAAUUGACUAUUAUUAUUAACACAAAUCAACAAAUUAAUUAAUUAAUAAAUUAUUGAAUGAAUGUCUUUUUAUUAGUAAAACAAUUGAAACCGAAAAAAAUAAAUAAAAACAAUUAACAAGCCAAAACAAAAAAGAUUGAAAAAUUAAUACUAAUAAAAUCCAAAUUUACAGAAAAUCGGCUAUACAAAUUGGCUGAAAAUAUGCUAUUCGCAAAUAACUAAAAAAUGAAAAAAAAAAAAAAUAAAAAACAAAUAAUACGAAAUUUACCACCCUAAUAUUGGAUAUUUUUGAAAAUGGCACAAUGCUUUUGAACAAAAUUCUUCUUAACGAACUCAUCACAGCAUGUUGCGAACUGCUAACC